UAGAUAACCAAACAUAUAGUGGGAGUAAAAGUAAUUGAAAUAUAAAUAACUCUUGUUAACUCUCAACAGUAGUUAUUACUCGAAUUAUCCACCGACAAAAUGAAACUGAUAAUAGUAGCUUUCAUCAUUUCCUCCAUCUCGUGUGCUCCAACCCCUGAAGUACAACCAACCGUCCAACCAAUUGCAAUUUUAAAAUUUGAAAAUGAAGGUGUGAAUGCAGAUGGAUCUUAUCAAUGGAAUUACGAAACUGCCAACGGUAUUAUCGCACAAGAGAAAGGGCAGGUGAAAGCUGGUGAAAACCCAGAGGAAAUAGAACUAGAAGUUUCUGGAUCUUACGAGUACACUAACGAAGAUGGGUCGAAAGUUCAGAUUUCCUAUAUUGCCAAUAAAGAUGGGUACCAACCACAAGGAGAUGUCUUGCCCACUACACCAGCAAUUCCUCCAGCAAUCGUUAAGGCUUUGGAAUAUAACGCUGCCCAUCCAGAGGAAGAACAGCAGCAGAAAUGAUACACAUACAUUGAAUAUUAAGUUUUUUCCUGAAGUUGUGAAUACAAGUUUUGAUGUAUA